AUGGCGGAACGGGACAACGAAGACGAAGCCACUCGUCUGCAACAACAAGCCGCCAAACUUCGUGAACAAAUACGUCAAAUGGAAGCUAACUUGGGCGACCAGCGUCCGCGCAAUUACGAAAGGCCUCCGCCACCGCAGUCACAGCCCGACCCCACCGAUACCAAUCCAUCCCUCAAAGGCAAACGGGUUUUGGUGACGGGCGCCAACGGACGUCUCGGCAGUAUGGUGUGCCGCUAUUUGUUACGGAACCAUCCACAAACCGAAGUGGUUGCUGCCGUGCAUGUCGUGGGAGAAAACAGUUCCACCAGUCGUGGUUAUGGACGAUUGUCUUACGAAGUCGGAGCCGAAGAUGGGGUGGGGCGGAUUGGGCCAGCCUGGUCCUCCGAAGACCGGACGGCAACGUUUGAAUGGGACAUUUCCAUGAAAGAUUACAAUCUGCAAAAUCUACGUCUCGUCGAAGUGGAAUUACUAGAUCCGGUACAGUGUCGGACUGUGGCGGAAGGUUGUGAUGCCGUCAUUUGGUGCGCCACGGAUUUCAACGGCAAUCGUCCGCGAGCAAUUUCCGGAUUGAACGUGGCUUUUCUUUUCCGUGCGGUGGCAUCCCCCACCAAAGGACGGGUCGAAGUGGAAGGAUUGGAGAAUAUGCUGGGGGCCCUCAAAACCGCCAGACAAGACAAGCAGCGAGCCACCGGACGGGUACCGACGAACGAUCCCGUAAACGUUGUGUUGGUAUCCACGGCUCCGGACGCCUACGACGAUUUUGAAACGCCGUUCGGUUCUUUUCGAGGUAUAAAGCGCCAGGGGGAACAAAUGCUGCAAAGUGACUUUCCCAGUUUGAGCCACACCAUAUUACAAUUGAGCCGAUUCGAAGACAAUUUUGUAGAGGAAGGUUUGGAUGUUUCCACGGAGCCGUCCCGGGCGAACGAUAUGGAGGCUCCGGGCGAUGCGGACAAGGCCCGGCGGCGCAUUAACCGAAGAGAUGCUGCCAAGGUAGCGGUAGAUGCACUUCUGGACGAAGAGCUUAAGGACAAGACC